UGGAUUGACCGACGAUUAUGGAGUACAUUUUCAUCUCGAGAUAAGCCUCCUUCUACUCUAUGGAUGAUUAUUAGAGGAUUCACAACAUUCGAAAGUGUGAAAUAUUGAGCCACAUCUGUUUGCCAGCAGUGGAAAACGAAUUUUGCUUCUUAUCUAUUAAAGGAGACCAAACUUUCUGAAAGUAUCAAACCACCUUAGCGGUGCCACGAUGGUGCUGCUACCCCGGGGUUCCGCCGCGGUCAGCGGCCUUGAUAGGACUGCUCGAAGCAGCAUGCUGUGCCUCAGUUAUUUUCUUGGUGGUAUUUUCUGUAUUUUUGUGUCGAUCCCCUUCUAUACUUCCAAUGCCCAACGCUUAUAUGGACAAACUACGACUGGAAUUAUGAACGGCAGAUAUGUUUCCCCAACUGCUUUGAGAGGACCUCACGUUUGUAGAUCGGCGACGACGGGUCAAACUACAUGUUGUCCAGGCUGGACAGUCAACAGAGGGAGCAGACAAUGUAUACAACCUACGUGCAGAGGAACUUGCGAAGGAGGGGGCACAUGUACCGCCCCCAACAGGUGCACGAGAUGUCAAAGUUCACCCAUGGGCUACCAGUGUCAAAGUGGGCAUCCUAUGGUCGCAGGGGUCAACUACAGAGGGCAAUCUUACACAGGCAACUGGCAGCUGAUAAGAAGAACUACAAUCAGCGCACCUAGGUACGUCUCUGGCUACCAGACACCCCGGCAGAACGGCGGCAGUCAGAACCCCACUAACUCUGGCGUUAGCCGGACAGUUGUCCACACCACUGGUCAGAUUCCUUCCAGGACGUCCAUCCACACCACCGGCCAGGUCAUCAGGCAGAACAUCGGUAGAGGAUCGGUCCAGACCUCUGCCCUGAACAGUCCCAGGACUGGGGUGAUCUCCUACCAGCAGAUACUGUCCAGACAGAACCCUUCAUCGUCAUCAUCCUACAGCUGUAGGUCCAGGGGUUGUGACUACAGAUGUCAGGUCGGAAGCAACGGUCAGGUCCAGUGCAUCUGUCCACCAGGUUACAGGCUUGGUACAGACCAGAGGAGCUGUGUAGAUGUUGACGAGUGUAGUCGAUAUCCUGGUCUUUGUCAGCAAGGAUGCCAGAAUACACUUGGAGGAUACCGCUGCAUCUGCACAAGUGGGAUGCUUACAGCUAACAGGAGGACAUGCUCUGGGGGAUGCCAGAGCUGUAAUUCCAACAUCAGACCCAAUCCAAGACCCAAUCCAAGACCAAACCCGCAACCAAACCCAAGACCGUACCCAUUUCCCAAUACAAACACCAAUAGCAAUCUUAAUCCAAACCCAAACCCAGGACCCACCUGCCCACCCGGUUUUGUGCAGAGGAGAACUGCAGAAGGCAUCCAGUGUGUCGAUGUGAAUGAAUGUCAGAAUUCACAGUGUGACCAGCGGUGUGUGAAUACUGAAGGAGGAUACAGCUGUGAAUGUGGAACUGGGUUUACUCUCUCGCCAGACAAACAAAGAUGUAUAGAUGUUGAUGAGUGUCGACAGAGCCAGUGGCAGCCGUGUCAUCACAACUGUGAGAACACCGCCGGUAGCUACAGGUGCUCCUGUAGACAAGGGUUCAGACUGCAUAUGAAUGGAAGGUCAUGUAUCGAUAUCGAUGAGUGCAGGCAGAAUGGAGGACCUAGUGUUUGUCAUCACAUGUGCCUCAACACCCAUGGUAGUUACACCUGCCAGUGUAGACAAGGGUUUGAACUACAAGAAGACAGUAUGACUUGUGGAGAUAUUGAUGAGUGUGCCAGUCUACCACAUGGGUGCACAGGAAAGUGUAUUAACACCAUUGGGUCAUAUCACUGUAACUGUGCUAAAGGCUACUCCAGUAUUGCAGGGAGAUGUGUCGAUUUGAACGAAUGCAGAACAGCUAACGGCGGGUGUCAGCAUCUAUGUAUGAACACAGAAGGAAGCUACUUCUGUACCUGCCGAACGGGCUACUCUCUCAGAUCAGACUCUAGGACCUGCUCAAGUAUGAAUGCUUGUGAGAGGUAUGGCGCUGUUUGUGAAUUUGGUUGUGACGAGGUUGCAGGCUCAUAUAGAUGCAGAUGUCCUGAAGGCUUCCAGCUUCAUAGUAACGGACAGAACUGUGUUGACAUCAACGAGUGCUCCCAGGAGAGGGGUCUAUGUCACUACCAGUGUAUCAAUACCAAGGGUUCCUACCGGUGUCUUUGUCCCCCUGGGUACGAGCUUGGUCUGGAUGGAAGGAUGUGUACUGAUGUGAAUGAAUGCCUUCAGGAUCAUGGAUGCCAGUUUGGUUGCGAAAACACGGCUGGUAGCUUCCGAUGUACUUGUCCUCCUGGAUACGAAGGACUCGGAUACGCAGACUGUCAAGCACCCAGCGAAUGUACAGACGGAUUGUGUUCACACAAAUGUAUCAACACAGCAGACGGGUUCAGAUGCCAAUGCCCUUCAGGCAUGAGAUUGCAUAACAAUGGAAGACAUUGCGAAGAUGUUGAUGAGUGUGCCACGCCCACCCAGGGAGGCUGCCAGCACAACUGUCGGAACACCCUUGGUAGCUAUGUAUGUUCCUGUGAGGAAGGUUACCUGCUUCAUGUGGACCAGAGGCAGUGCACCCCAGGACCUGAUUGUACCACCUGCGAUAAUUGCCCCAGGGGCGAGAGACUCAACCAUGAGACUGGCCUGUGCCAAGAUCUGAAUGAGUGCAACGUGGCCAACGCAGGAACCACCAUGCCCUGCCGAGACCCCCGCUGCCCCGACGGACCAGAGCCCAAGUGCAGCCAUUCCUGCGUCAACACCCCAGGGGGCUACUACUGCACCUGUCCUCCAGGUUACACUCUUAGCCCUGAUGGACACACUUGCUUUGAAGUACCCAGAUCCCCUAUGUGUAGCCCAGGUUGUGUGAACGGGGGCACCUGCCGCUAUGCUCCACAUUGCACCGGCAUGCCAGCUUGUCCCACAGCAUGUGCCUGUCUCUGGGGCUUCUUUGGCCCUGCUUGUGAAUAUGGUGAAAAUCCCCAAGUCUGUCAACCACCCUGUCUAAAUGGAGGCUCUUGUGUGGAGGGAAGGUGUGUUUGUCAACCAGGUCUAACAGGAAGAACAUGUGCCACUGAUAUCAAUGAGUGUCUGCAACGAGACCUUUGCCAAUAUCAAUGCAGAAACACCUUCGGUAGCUAUGCCUGUAUCUGCCCUGCCGGUUCUAAUCUCAAUGCUGAUGGUGUCACUUGCAGUAGUGUUGGCUGCUUCCCAGAGUGUAUGAAUGGAGGUGUAUGUAACAAUAGCAGGUGUAUCUGUCCAAGAGGAUACACAGGAGCAACAUGUUUCCAAGAUGUGGAUGAGUGUUCUAAUCAGAAUGGAGGAUGCGAGCACAUCUGCAGGAAUAUACUAGGCAGCUAUGUCUGCUUCUGCCCUCUCGGAUCAACAGUCAACCCAGAUGGACAUACGUGCUCAGGCGGUCAAUGCUUCCCACCAUGUGAGAACAAUGGCACCUGUGUCAACAGACGAUGUGUGUGUCCACCUGGAUACCAAGGACCAACAUGCCAGUAUGAUGUGAAUGAAUGCGUCGUAACUGACAUGAGUCCUUGCAGUGUUCAAUGUGUCAACACCUUUGGCAGCUACCAUUGCACAUGCCCAGUAGGAUACCAGCUAGGUGCUGAUGGUCGAUCAUGUACUCUACCUUGCGGAAGGGAAUGCAUGAAUGGCGGCACCUGUAAUAGAGGGGUGUGCGAAUGCGCCCCAGGAUUCACAGGGACGGACUGCAGUCGGGAUAUUGAUGAGUGUGCAAGUGGAUUGAACCGUUGUCCUGAUGCCUGUCAGAACACCUAUGGUAGCUACAGAUGUUCCUGUCCUCUAGGAUUCCAGAUCUCAACGGAUGGAACAGGAUGCAUUGAUGUUAAUGAAUGCCUAGCAGAAGGUUUACAGUGUGCACACCGAUGUACCAACUUACCCGGAAGCUAUGCCUGUACCUGCCCCAUCGGGCAACGCCUUGGACCUGAUAGAUUCUCUUGUAUCGAUGUCCCCUGCAUCCCACCAUGUGUGAACGGAGGCCAAUGUGUGAGAGGGGCGUGUCAGUGCCCCAUCGGUUUCAUAGGGGAAGACUGCAGCCAGGAAAGACCAUGUGAUGAUGUGUGCCGCAAUGGAGGAUUCUGUUACCAAGGGGCGUGUCAGUGCGGUGCAGGAUUCACCGGGGAGUUCUGUCAAACAAGAGUGUGUGAGCCGGCCUGUAUCAACGGAGGGGUGUGCAAUGCAGGGGUAUGCCAAUGCCCUUCAGGGUUCAGCGGACUCUACUGUCAGGAAAGAGUGUGUGAUCCACCUUGUAUGCAUGAUGGCACCUGUAUUGCGGGUGUGUGCGUCUGUCAGCCAGGAUUCACAGGAAAAGUUUGCCAAGAUUUAGAUUGCAUCCGACCCUGCCAGAAUGGAGGAACAUGUAACUUUGGAGCAUGUGUGUGUCCCACUGGAUAUGAGGGUAUAGCAUGUGAAUUAGAAACUUGCAACCCCCCUUGUCUGAAUGGAGGAACCUGUUUCCAAGGCAACUGUGUUUGUCCACUCCACUACUCUGGACUCCAGUGUGAAAGCAGAGAAUGCUGGCCCUUGUGUCAAAAUGGAGGAGUCUGCCUGGAUGGGUUAUGUGAAUGUCCCUAUGGAUAUCUUGGGCAGUAUUGCCAAAUCAGAUUGGCUGGAUGUGAACAGAGACCUUGUCAGAAUGGAGGGACCUGUGUGAACGGAACCUGCAUAUGUCAUGCAUCUUACUCAGGCCCAUUCUGUAGCAUUGUUGCUAUCACCCCCUGUGAUCCACCAUGUUUUAACGGAGGUGUUUGCGUUAAUGGUGUGUGUGAAUGCGAGGAUGGAUCGACUGGUCAGUUCUGUCAGCACUCGGCAAGCCUUGAGGCAUUCAAUAUCCACAUCUACCCCAACCCUAACAAUGAUCACAUGGUCGGGAAGACAGUGGGCUUCAUCUGCGAGACGAACUCAACCAGUUUGUUGGACAUCCCGCAAUGGUACGACCAGAAUGAUGUGCCUAUCCUCAGCAGAACAGAAGCUCCUGGCCACCGAAUAUACUAUGAACCGAUUGCUCAGAAUGCUUCUUACCUCAUCGUCAAAGAUCUCAAUGCUGAUGAUAGAGGGCGCUACGUAUGUGCUGCUGGCCUGACAAUGCGGCUUGCUAUGACCCUAGUGGUCUAUGUCCCCCAGUGUCAGGAGCCUUGUCUUAAUGGUGGAACUUGCUUCAACAAUAUGUGCAUGUGUCGCAGUGGAUUUGAAGGACCACGCUGUGAAAUAGAGAUGGAUCGUUGUCCUGCCUGUGCCAAUGGUGGGUACUGUAUCAAUUACAAAUGCAUCUGUCCAUAUGGCUUUGUUGGAACCAUGUGUCAAAUAUCAGUUGGGGAGGAGUAUUACGUGAGACUGACUAUACCUUCAGACCAGUCCCCUACUGUUGGAGGGAUGGUGACAGUGAUCUGCGAGGUCGUUGGGUGGUCACCCACUGCUGGCCUUCCAGAGAUCACCUGGGUCCUCCCUAGCGGACAGACGAUCUUCAAUAGACAAGUUGUGAACAUAGGGUCCAUGGUCCAGCAAGGCCCGUCAGUGGAGGUACUGUCAGCCACAGCAUCCAGACUUACCCUGGUUAACUUCCAGCCACAACUCUCAGGCAACUACAACUGCAGCGUAGGGGGAGAGGUUGCUUCUAUUCUCCUGACUCUUGAAUGUUGGCCAGAGUGCUUGAAUGGUGGGACGUGCUUCAACGGCAAAUGCUUGUGUUCAGCAAACUUUAGAGGAGAGCGUUGCGAGGUCCCAGUCGGUGGACUGGUGGGUCAAUGUUUGAUUCCAUGUGCUAGUGGUGGUACCUGUAUCUUUGGACAGUGUGUUUGCCCUGAUGGUUACCAUGGCAACUACUGUGAGAUGGGAGAGCCAGAGAUGAGCUGUGUCCAGGAUUGCUUGAACGGAGGAAGUUGCAUCAACGGGCUCUGUGUCUGUCCUGACGGAUACGUGGGCUUCGCCUGUGAAAUACCAAUCUGCUUCCCAUCCUGCCUGAAUGAGGGUGUAUGCUACCAAGGACGAUGCGUAUGCCAGCAAGGGUAUGAAGGCAUCAGAUGCGAAUUUGAAACAUGCUUCACACCCUGUAGCAAUGGAGGAACAUGCGUGAACAGGAUCUGUGAAUGUGCUCAAGGAUUCGGUGGACCUUCCUGUGAAGUAUCUUUAAUCAUCAUUCCUGGCCAGACUGUGAUUGAAAGGGACAACACUGUGUCUUUCACCUGUAUCUAUGAUGCUAACCCAUCCGCUUCACCAAUCUGGUAUGGCCCUGAUGGGACAGUGGUUCCUGCAAUAUCAUUAGUACGAGGUGAUCUAGGAUCUGGAUACUCUGUCUUCGUAGAGGAACUCUAUGGCCAAGGUGUAAGACUCACUAUCCCAAGCAUGGGUCCGGGUUUCCAAGGGAUGUAUACUUGCCAGUUUGGAGGCAUAAUCAACCAGGUCAAUGUUAGUCUGGAAAUCACAAAUGGAGCAUCUACCAUUGCACCUCUGACGGGGGCCACUUUGCCCCUCUUGGUCAUCACGACAGCCCCGCCAACCGUCACCCCGCCACCUGCGACGCCCAGUUCGAACUCCUGUACGUUGAUCCAAUCAGAUAUAUGUAAUAUUCUACCAUAUCGGUACGCCUCGUUUCCCAACACAUUCGCCAGGGAUGCCGAGAUUGCCCACCUGAUCAUCUCGUCACUCACUCUGUAUUUUGAUGAAUGCUCUGCCAACGCGACCUUUGCUCUCUGCUACCUGUUUUACCAACCUUGCGAUGCUGCUAACGUCAUGUGUGCCGACGUUUGCGAGAUUGCACAGAAUCACUGCCACCCGUUUGCGAGCCGGAUGUUGACGGUCUAUGGCAUGACUGUGACGAGGAACAUGCUGGAACUCUGUGCUAGCCUACCUGAUACAGACUGUAUAAGACCAGACCCAAGGCCUCCUCCAGAGAGAACUGGCUGUCCUGGUGAAUGUUUGAAUGGUGGAGAGUGUCAGGAUGGCAGCUGCUUGUGCCCUCUUGACUUUACUGGAGAACUAUGUGAAACAGAAAUGACUACAGACCCUGUGUUUCAAAUCGUCAUCACGUCAGACUACGAAGGCAUUGUCUAUGAGGGUCUGAAUAUAACUGUUAUGUGUGAGGUCCAAGGAUCAAGCCUCCUCAACUAUCCCGUCUGGACUGGUCCGAACGGACAACAGGUCUUACCGCAGCAACCUGGUGUCUCCGAUCGGAUCUAUGUCGACCAGGUCUCAUCUAACACCAUGCGUCUUGUCAUCAAUAACGUCCAGGCCACCGACGAAGGUAGCUACUUCUGUAAUGUUGGUUUGCAAUCUGCACCAUACACCCUCUACAUUACAGUACCAGACUGCCUGUUGGAUCCUUGUCUGAAUGGAGGCUCUUGUGAGGGUGGAGAAUGCCAAUGUCUUGUAGGAUUCAGGGGUCCACGAUGCGAAGAGCCAGUGGUAGUGGAAUAUACCAUCACCAUCAUACCAACUCCUAGUGGUGAGAUACCCAUCGGUAGUGAUCUGAGUUUCCUCUGUCAGGUUGAGGGUGCCCACGUCACACCGGUAUGGCUCCACCCUGAAGGAUACGCCAUCCAACCAAGGUCACCAAAUUCCACUUUUUUCACUGAGGCAAUCAGUGAUAACACGGUCCGCCUGGUCCUAACUAAUAUCCGACCGGUAGAUUCUGGGUCGUAUCUCUGCCUCCUUGGUACCAGCUUCAAAGAAAUCAACAUCACUGUUCAAUCUGGACCGAGGUUCAACGUGAUAAUUACAUCAAAUUUUACCGUGCCACCCACCCCAGGAGCGGACCUUAUCUUCAUCUGCGAAAUGUCUCAACCCGACACUUCUACGUCCCCUAUCUGGUAUUAUCCCGAUGGGAGCCCUAUUAUUUCACGAACAAUUGGAACGGGAAUAAGUCGGGUAUACUCCGAGAGCAUCUCCUUGUCUGCUACCAGACUGAUCAUUCUUGGUGCCACUGAGUCGGAUCAAGGAAUAUACACCUGUAGAGCCAGACCUCUCUCUGCUACACUCAAUAUCACAUUGAUUGAUGAAGGUUGUUAUCCAGCUUGCUUGAAUGGAGGAACAUGUAUUGGCGGUGAAUGCCUGUGCCAGUAUGGCUAUGAUGGGGAGAUCUGCGAGAUAAGAGUUGGUCAAGAGGUCUGUUACCUUCCUUUCUGUCUCAACGGAGGGACGUGUGACAGGAGUGUCUGCUACUGCUUACCAGGAUUUACAGGACAACACUGUGAAAGCAGAAUUGCCACAGAGUACAACAUAACCAUCACUACAGACUUUGAUCGGAGGCCGCUGAUUGGCGAUGAGCUCAUGAUUAUGUGUCAAGUCCUGUCAGAUAGAUUGUCUUAUCCUCAGCCGGCUUGGAUUGGACCUGAUGGAAACAUAGUCCCUUCACUUGCAGCAGGUGCCUCAAGCCACGUCUUCACUGAGUUUGUUGGACCCGGUUCCACAGCCCUUCAUAUCAGAGGAAUCCAGGCGUCGGAUGAAGGCUUGUAUACAUGUGAGGUUGACAUGAGUACACAGACUAUCACCAUUACUAUAGAAUAUAAUGAAUGUGUACCUUCCUGUCUUAAUGGAGGCACUUGUGUGGAGGGUGUGUGUAUCUGUACAGAGCAGUACCUUGGAAUUAUCUGCCAGGAAGAAGUCCCUCAGCCCUGCAACCUCCCAUGUCAGAAUAAUGGUCAUUGCUAUGGUGGGCGUUGCCAUUGUGCGACUUUCUUCACUGGAGAAUACUGCCAAACAAGAGUUGGGAAUAACUUUGAGAUUACCAUCAAUACGGUGACCUUUGAACCUCCGAGUGUUGGUGACAAUGUGAGGCUCUCAUGUACUUACAUUGGUGAGGCAGGAAACCAGCAACCAACUUGGAUCAACCCUGGCGGAGAACUAAUCAGGCGACUUGACCAGGGUGGCAGCAGACACUUGAAUGUUGAGGAGGAAUCAGCGAUGACGACAACAUUGGUCAUAAACAACAUUAUAGAGACAGACUCCGGCAUCUACACAUGUACAGUUGGAGAAUAUGACAAUGAGUUUGACAUCACUAUAAGGGAAGCUGAGUGUGUCCCAAGAUGUGAGAAUAACGGUCUAUGCAGUAUGGGCAUGUGUAUGUGCACUGAAGGCUUUGGAGGAUUGGCUUGUGAAUUCCAGAUUACCGAAUGUGAUUUCCCUUGUGCAAAUGGAGGAACCUGUAGCAAUGGCCAGUGCAUCUGUCUACCAGAAUUUGAUGGCUCAUUCUGCCAAAACAGGAGGUAUGUUGAUGAGGGUAUCCAGAUCAGCAUCACUCCACAUGUCCCCAGGCUUCCUCCCGUUGGUACGGAUCUCCAGCUCAUCUGUGAGAUUGACAACCCUCAAGGUUUUCAGAGACCAGUCUGGCUCAAACCCAAUGGUGAACGUGUAAUACAGGGUGAUGCUUCCCACAUCAACUCCAGGGCUAUAUCACCAAGUGCAACACAACUCAACAUCCGAAUGGUGGAGAGGGGAGACUCUGGCAUCUAUACCUGUGUCAUUGGAUCAUACACCAACACACUCACUGUAAUCUUUUACAAAAUGCCCUGUAUACCAGAGUGUCAAAAUGGGGGGUCAUGUUCAGAUGGCAUUUGUCUGUGUGCUCCGGGAUACACUGGCUAUCAGUGUGAACACAGAGAGUGCAUGCCUGCCUGUAUUAACGGAGGAUCGUGUGUGAACGGAGAUUGUGAGUGCAGCCCAGACUAUGAGGGCCAAUUCUGUGAGAAUGUCAGGAAACCUGUGACCAUCCGUUUCACACCGAGCAUCAGUGACAUGCCUGUAGUUGGUGAUGAUCUGACGGUGGUUUGUGAGAUUAUUGGUAUGACCGACCUGACUGAACCUCGCUGGAUCGGUCCUUUGGGAAACCCUCUUCCUGUAUUUGGAACAGCUCCUAACCAGCGCGUUGGAGUGCAGUACUCAUCCGGAACGGCAACCACUCUGGUACUGAACAAUCUCCAGUCCAGAGAUGCAGGCAUCUACACAUGUACUCUAGGACCUCUAACCAGCUACUUCACCAUCACCGUAGCUGCACAAGUGGAUUGUUCUGUGAUCUGUCACAAUGGAGGAAGCUGUGUGUCUAACCAAUGUAUCUGCCCAGAAAACUUCAAUGGACCACAUUGUGAACGAAGGGUCGGGCCAGAUUAUGUCAUCACAGUGUCCCCACCAAUAGACCAGCAACCCAUCGUUGGAAACGAUAUUAGCUAUGUAUGCCAGAUUGCUACCACCAGCAACUAUCCCCGCCCUGCGUGGACGUCCCCAGGAGGUGUGGCCGUCUUACCCAUUGGGCAAGGUGGAACUGAUCAUUUGAAUGUCCAGUAUCUGUCUGAUCAUGAGUCACGUCUGGUCAUUCAAGACCUCACACCUAAUGAUAAUGGAAUAUAUACCUGCUACAUUGGAACGCUGACCAACUCCGUUGUCAUCUCGGUCGAAAUCCCAGAUUGUCCUGGCCCAUGUCAGAAUGGUGGAACAUGCUCAGGGGGGACUUGUGUUUGUCCUAAUGGAUUUACUGGAGUAUUGUGCGAUAGACCAGCAUACACCAUUCAAAUCCGACCUGUUGGUCAGGCCAACACCAGAAUUGGUGGAAACAUCAGGAUGUCAUGUGAGAUAGAGGGCGCUAGACCGACGUACCUCCAACCUAGAUGGACUGGACCUGAUAACCAGCCAAUCAGCACAGAUGCCAAUUCGCGAGUGUUCAGCAUCGCAACCUCAACUUUGGCCAAUCAGCUUGUGAUCUCUAACCUACAGCCGGCUGACCAGGGAACUUUCACAUGUACUGUUGGACCAGUCAUUGCCACAUUCUCAAUUGUUGUUGAAGAACCCCGAUGUCCAUUGCCUUGUCAGAAUGGAGGCUCUUGCGUCAGAGGAUCUUGCACCUGUCCAACUGGGUACAGUGGUAUAGCUUGUGAAACCAGGGAUCCUCAAGAUGUCCGAAUCAAGAUCACACCCAACCGUCAGGGUGUCUCUCAGAUCGGACAGGACCUUGAGAUCCUCUGCGAGAUCCUGGGCACCAGCAUCUACCAGAAUCCGAUGUGGAAGGGUCCCUCUGGACAGCUAGUCCCAGGAGCCACUGCGGAACGGAACAACCUCAGGGUCCAGGAAGUCUAUGAGACACCGUCUGCCACCAGGUUGUACAUUAACGGGCUUAGCUCUGCUGAUAAAGGACAGUAUAUCUGCAUGGUUGGACCGGUCAUGGCCAGGUUUACACUCAUGGUGACAGCUCCAAGAUGUAACCCACCCUGCAUAAAUGGAGGAUCCUGCAGCAACGGACGGUGUAUCUGUCCUCCUGGUUAUAUUGGAGAAUUCUGCCAAAAUCCAGGUGGUUUCUCUCUCAGCAUUCGUCAGGUUGGUAGCACCCCAGCAAUACAAGGUGCCAAUCUGCGGUUCUCCUGCCAGUCUUCUGCUCCAGGUCUCCUUCAGAACCCUGUAUGGAGGGAUCCUCGAGGACAGAGAAUCACUCACCAACAAGGAGGGUCCGAUCGUGUUUACGUUGAGAUGAUAUCACCAUCAGCAACAACACUUGUUAUCAACGACAUCUCUGCAGCCGAUGCUGGCAGCUAUGCUUGUGUCCUUGGAACAGUUACAUCAACACUCAAUAUCAACAUCAAUGCUCGAGUGAUCCCAUGUAACCCUCCCUGUCAGAAUGGAGGAACGUGUAGUGAUGGAAGGUGUUUCUGCCACAGAGGAUUCUCAGGGCAGGCCUGUGAAAGAAUAGGUCAAGAAUGUAUGUUACCUUGUCAGAAUGGAGGGACCUGCAGGAAUGGUAUCUGUCAAUGUCCACCAGGGUUUUCUGGAAUUGACUGCAGAAAUGCUGACAUCAGGAUCAUCCCACCGCCAACCAACACCCUGGUCGUCGGUCAGAAUACAACCUUCGUCUGUGAGAUAUCAGACCAACUGGGUUACUUCAAUCCCACCUGGUUAGGACCUGGUGGUCGAGCUAUCAAUGUUAAGGCUGACAAUGGACGGUAUGUCGUUGAGAGGGUGUCUGACUACGUAUCCCGUCUACACGUGGUAAGGGUUCAGCAAAUUGAUGAGGGAGUCUAUGUCUGCACCGUUGGUAUGCUCCGUGCAUCCUUCACUUUAACCAUUGAAGCUCCUGAAUGUCCCUUGCCAUGUUUGAAUGGAGGCACUUGUGUAGGAGGUGUUUGCCAGUGUCAUGCAGGCUUUACUGGAAGGCAGUGCCAGAAUAGAGGACCACCGUUCCAGGUACGGAUCCACCCUCCAGAUACGAGCCAGUUCUUAGUUGGCCAAGACGUCACCUUCCUGUGUGAGGCACCCCAGGGUAGCCCCUACGGUAGGCCGCAAUGGAGAGGACCUGAUGGCGUGCCUAUAAUGGCUAUCACUCAAGGAGCACCGAGACAUCUUAGCUCCCAGGAGGUUGGCUCUUACCUGACCCGUCUCGUGAUCAGAAGCCUUCGUCUGGACGAUGCAGGAACAUACACCUGUUAUGUUGGACCUCAUUCUUCAACCUUCACUAUCACAUUGGAGAGUACAGGUGGGCGACCCUGUGCUAGCCCUUGCCUGAAUGGAGGAACAUGUAUGGAUGGUAACUGUGUUUGUCCUCAGGAGUUUACAGGACCUGCUUGUGAAAGACAAGUGAUACCAUAUGCGAUCCGCAUCAUACCACCCACGGACACAUCACCCUCCGUUGGCCAAACGAUCAGUUUCCUGUGUGAGCUUCGACAGGAUGGCCAGUACACCAGCCCAAUCUGGAGACUACCUAAUGGGCUUCCAGUCAGCCCGAGGGGAUAUAUUGGCAGCCAGCGUAUGUACACCCAGAGCACCUCUCCUUAUGCAACGACUCUCGUCAUAGAAGACAUCCAAGGCACUGAUUCAGGAACAUACUCCUGCACAGCUGGUCCUCUGACAACAUCCUUCACCAUCAGCAUCGCUGUUGAACCCACAUGCCCCAGACCCUGUCAGAAUGGAGGGACAUGUGUGAAUGGAGCCUGUGUGUGCUUCCCUGACUAUACUGGAGAUCAGUGCCAACUGAGAACUGGAACUCCACCUGGUCGAUACCUCAUCACCAUCACCCCUUCCAUACGGCAGAUCCCUCGGAUAGGUUCAAACUUCAACUUGGCCUGUCAGGUAUCAAGCAAUAGCCCCUAUCUGGAUCCACAGUGGAGAGGAGCCAACGGACAGCUCAUUCCAUCAGCUUCAUUGGGUGCAGUUGGGCGCUUAUACACUGUCAAGACAAGUCAGAGAUCGUCAAUCCUCUAUUUCAAUGACCUGAUGAGCUCUGAUGCGGGAAGCUACUCUUGUAGUACAGGACCACUUACAGCAACAGCUAAUAUUACAAUUAGUGGCUCUGGAGGCACAGCUUUAGAGGAACGUUGCUUCCCUCCCUGUGUGAAUGGAGCAACCUGCUCUCAACGCAGAUGUGUGUGUUUGCCUGGUUAUAGUGGUCCAGCCUGUGAGAAUAUAGAAACCAUCCAUGUCUUGCCUGACAUACCAACACCCGACAGUGAGCCCAGGAUAGGUGAUCCUCUCAGACUCCUUUGUCAGGCUCCUAUUGGUAGUACGUAUGGAAACCCCAUCUGGUUGGAUUCAAACCGCCAAGCUGUACCAGGAAGAGUCUUGGGUAAUGAGAGAGUGUAUGUGGACUACCCGACACCAGGAGCUACCCGACUGAACUUUGAAGCAUUGAGCCUCCAGGAUGCAGGAAGCUACACCUGUCAAACGGGGCCUCUCACAACCAUCUAUGAGAUUGAUAUUCAAGGUAAUGAAUGUGUGGAUCCUUGUCUGAAUGGAGGAACUUGUACGUCUGGAAGGUGCCUCUGUCCCAAUGGUUACAGAGGGCCACAGUGCAGAAUUCAUGAUGCCAAUGCCUAUGUGAUCCGAGUCAUACCUGUGGACCAUACCAUUCCUGUAGUGGGGGAGCAGUUGAGAGUCAUUUGUGAGGUGUCUGCUGAUAGCCCAUAUGGUGCUCCUAAAUGGAUUGAUCCCCAGGGAGAUGAAGUCAUGAGUUUUGCCCCAGGUCCAUUGGGCAAUGUGUAUACAGAAACACCUACUUCGCUGUCAAGAGAACUGGUAUUCACCAGUCUGACGGAGUCUGAUGGAGGCCUGUAUUCGUGUGUAGCUGGUCCAUUGAUGUUCAACCAUACAGUCAUUGUACAUGGACCAAAUAUGAUUGACAUUGAAGAACCUGAGAGUCCAGUCUACAACAUUGGUACCAAUGUCUCCUUCGUCUGUCAGAUUGCUGAGAACAGUCAGUAUAGGAAUCCUACCUGGAUAAACCCAAGAGGGGACACUGUACAGCCAUUGGAUCAAGGAGGCAUAGCCCGUCUUCACACCGUACAGACCUCAGCGUCUUCGUCAACGCUAAAUCUUGUGGGCGUGUCUCCUCUAGAUGCAGGGACAUACAAGUGCGUCGUUGGAGACUUCCAAUCGUCAGUCAACGUCAUCGUCAACAUUGAGGAAUGUGAACCCCCUUGUCUGAACGGAGGAGAAUGCAUCAAUCAAGAGUGCAUUUGUCAGUUCCCUUUCACUGGACCAAUGUGUGGACAGCUGGCAUCGAUGAGGAGAUGCCUGAGACCAUGUUUGAAUGGAGCGGAGUGUGUAGAUGGUGUGUGCAACUGCCAAUAUGGAUUCACUGGUCCACAGUGUAACCAGACAGAUGAAGGCAUUGUAUGGGUGAGGAUCCCGGAUCAGGAUAAUCCAAUCCUCGGUGCCGAUGUAAGCUACAUCUGUGAGGUACCUCAGGAUAAUCCCUAUGGAUCGCCAAUCUGGAUUAACCCAGAGGGACAGCAAAUCCAACCCAUGGCAUUGGGUGGUAAUGUUCACAUGAAGACUGAGCAGAUAUCCCAGUAUGCAACACGUCUCUUCAUCAUGGACAUUCAGUUUGAGGAUGAAGGGCAGUACAUCUGUGCUGUAGGACCUCUUAGAAGACUCUUCAACAUCAUCGUAGAUGAGGUCGCAUGUAUCCCACAGUGUCUCAAUGGAGGAACCUGCCUCAUGGGCAAGUGUUAUUGUCGAGAUGGCUUCACUGGACCAGCUUGUCUACAGAGAAUUCUCAUUUGUGACCCACCCUGCUUGAAUGGUGGGAUGUGCCUUGCUGGAGCCUGUAACUGCCCUGAUGGAUACGGAGGGGAAGCUUGUGAAAUGCCAGGUGUGGAUCUCACAAUCGAUGGCCCAGAGAAUGUCAUCAUCAUGGCGGGUGAUGAUCUCCGUCUUGUGUGUGAGGUCAAUGACGAUACCUACGGUAGUCCUAUGUGGUUGGAUUCGCAGGGAGAUAAGGUGUCUGAAGGUACUCUUGAUGAAGCCAUUGGAACCUACCACCACACACACCUAAAGACAGAACUGGUCAUGUUCAAUGCCCAGGCCUUUAACUCUGGAGAUUAUUCCUGCAUGGUUGGUCCUUUCACAGAAAGCAGAACAGUGCUUGUUGCAGGAGAAGAACCUGACUGUAUCCCAGUGUGUAGGAAUGGUGGGGACUGUGUGAACGGGGUCUGUCAGUGUACAUCAGACUGGCUUGGUACCGAAUGUAAAGUACCUGCUAAUGGUUACAUUUCAAUCACCCCUGACCCUGAGCUUCAACCGACACCAGGAUCAGAGAUCAGAUACUUAUGUGCAGUUCAGGAAGGAGAUCAUUUUGUACAGCGCCCUCAAUGGUUCCGCAAUGGACAACUCAUCCCUGCUCAAUUUGGUGAUGUGAGCAAUGUCUUCGUGAAUGUUUUGAACAACAUGAGUUCUGAGCUUGUGAUAAGAAACCUUGGAGAGACGGAUCUUGGUGUUUACUACUGCACUGGGGGACCUGAUGUGAAAUAUAUCAAUGUCAACUAUGCUGAGAUAGAAUGCAAUCCACCCUGUGAGAAUGGAGGAACCUGUAACGAUGGAGAAUGCCAAUGCCCUGAAGGAUUCAACGGGCCUACGUGCUCAAGACAAGCUGAAGACUUCAUUGUGAUCACCGAACCUCAAGGUCAAAUGUUAGAGGUCGGAGGUAAUGCAACCUUCCUGUGUGAGGUUCCCGAAAGCAGUUCUUAUGACCCUCCCCAAUGGCUUGAUUCAAGUGGUCAACCCGUUUCUCCAUAUGGACAAGGAAGCAAUAAUCGAGUCUAUACAAAAGAGAUCUCCUCCUACGCUACCCAGCUCACUUUUGAGUUUGCUCAGGCCGAGGACUCCAGCCAGUAUGCUUGCAGGGUGGGGCCUUUCACAUACGGUUACAACAUCACCUUUGAAGAUCCCGAUUGCAACCCUGAGUGUCUAAAUGGAGAGUGUAUCGAUAGGAGAUGUGUGUGCCCUAUAGGGUUAAUGGGUAUGCAGUGUAAUAUUCCAGACAAUACUUUCAUCUUGGUGAGCGAGCCGCCCGGUCAGGUACCUGUCGUUGGUCAGGAUCAGUCGUAUCUCUGUGAGGUGUCCCGAGAGAAUCCAUAUGGUGCACCUGUCUGGAGAGACAGGGAGGGCAAUGUCAUCAAUCCUGCUGGACAAGGUGAAACUGCCCACAUGCACACUGAGAACCUGUCACCCUAUGCAACUCGUCUGCUCAUCAGUGAUCUGCGUCUGAAUGAUGCUGGAAUGUAUGUCUGCAACGUAGGACCUGUAGACAAACGAUUCACAAUUCUUGUUGAUCCCUUGUCUUGUGAUCAACCUUGUCUGUAUGGAGGACGCUGUGUGGAGGGAGUUUGUGAAUGUCUUCCAGGCUUCACAGGAGAGCAGUGUGAAACACCAAAUUUUGUGAUAUCAAUCGAUCAGACUCGACCAGCUUUGCCCCAGACAGGUGACAGUGUCAGCUUCGUUUGUGAAGUUGAUCACACUGCACCCUACCAGAAUCCAGUCUGGUAUGACCCUCAGGGAAACAUCAUAGACCCAAGUGGUGAUUCUCACUACACCAUCAUUGCUCUGGAUCGUAAGGCAACCCGUCUUGUCAUCAAUGAACUGCAGCCUUCAGAUGCUGGGCCAUAUGUCUGCAACGUUGGGCCAGUCACUACGGAAUUCUCUGUUCAGGUUCAACCUGCACAUUGCAGCCAGCCCUGUAUCAAUGGAGGCUCUUGUGUGAGGGGUAUGUGCGAAUGUACAGAGGAGUUCCAUGGAAGCUUCUGUCAAGUUGGAGUUAAAAGGCCUUUCUCCAUUGAGAUCCAAGGACCACCUAGAGAGAAACCAGAGAUUGGUGAUGAUCUAACCUUGAUUUGUAGAGUAUCUGAGGAAGGACAGGGGAUACCAACAUGGCUGGGACCUGAUAACCAACCUAUUGCUGGAAUACAGACUGGUCAAAGAAUCUUCUCUGAUGUGGAGUCUAAUACCGAGACAGCCUUGACGAUUGUAUCAGCGGAGUCUGGGGAUGCUGGCCGUUACAGCUGUGUGGUUGGAAUGAACAGGGCUGACUAUUUGCUUUCUGUGUCAGGACCUGAGUGUAUUGUCCCCUGCUCUAAUGGAGGGACAUGCGUGGAGGGAAGAUGCAACUGUUUGGACGGUUUCGAUGGUGUGUUCUGCCAGAAUAUUGUUACAAAUGACUACCAGCUUCGAAUCCGCAUCCAGCGUAAUAACCAAUUCCUGGUGGGAAUCAACACCAAGAUCCUGUGUGAAAUUCGGGGCAACACCAACGAGGUCAAUCCACAGUGGAUUGGUCCUGAUGGAGAGGUCAUAAGGUCGGUCGGAAGAGGAGGAAGUAAGCACAUCAAUACUCGCAGCACCAGGAAGUCUAACCGUCUCAGCAUCAAUGAGCUGCUGGUAGAGGAUGCAGGAGAAUACACCUGCAGAGUGGGUCCCCUGGAAUCUUCUUUUGUCCUCAUCCCCAGGAGUGGAGAGUGUGAAGACAUCUGUACCAAUGGUGGAACGUGUGACAAUGGAGCCUGCCUCUGUCCAAUCGGAUUUGCAGGAAUGUCUUGUGAAAUACCAGUUGGACCAGAAGGAAUUAGAGUGAACAUCACCAUCACCUCCUCGUUGGAUCGCGAUCCGAAUAUUGGUGAAGAGAUCAUCUUCCUAUGUCAGGUCAGCCCCAACCCACUCUACACCAACCCAAGAUGGCAUGGACCAAAUGAUGAAAUGUUCCCAGUCGUCAACACCUUGGAUCCAUCACGGCCUCCCAUCCAUGCUGUGCAGCUGACGCCCUUGAUGACCCAGCUGACUGUUAGUAGUGUCUCAGAAGAGAUGGUUGGAAUGUAUGCUUGUACGGCUGGACCAUUGACGAGCCUCUAUCCUCUCAACAUACCACCAUCAACCUGCGAGCAGCCAUGUCAGAACAGAGGUGACUGCGUAAGAAGUCAGUGUGUGUGCAAGCAAGGUUUUGAAGGAGAGUUCUGUGAAAUAGAAGUUGAAGUGUUCUACAACAUCACAAUAACACCAGACCAGGAACUAACGCCCUCUGUUGGUGAUAGUGUCAGUUUCUUGUGCGAAAGUGAAGGUCCAGAUGCACCACUCCCUGUCUGGUAUGAUCCCAGUGGUAACCGCAUUGCUCCGAGUAGGGCAGACAAUGAGUUUGCAUACUCCAUCAGCUCAUCAGAAGAAGCGUUUACGGAAACGAUAGAGUCAUCAGAUGUGGACUUAGGUAAUCAAUUGGUACAGGUCAUUUCACGUACCCAAACUCGGCUGGUGCUCAGUGACUUGGUGGAGUCUGAUUCUGGUAUCUACACAUGUGCUGCAGAACCUAAGAGAGACACGGUUGUUGUCAACAUCUACAUUCCUCGCUGCCUUCCUGAGUGUGAGAAUGGAGGCAGUUGCGAGCAAGGAAUCUGUGUAUGUACAGAGUCUUUCACUGGACCUCGCUGCCAAUACUCAUAUGAGACAGAUUUCAGUGUGGAGUUCAACCCCAUCCAAGACAUUCCACCGACUGCAGGUCAGAGCUACAGCGUUGCAUGUGAGUUGAACGGACCCGUGGAGAUUGGAAGACCGAUGUGGAUAGGACCUCUGGGUCAGGAAAUAGCUCCAGUUGGACAUGGUGGUGCAGACCAUGUACAUGUGGAGUUCCAAGGAAUGAACGUCACCACUCUCCACUUAGACAGCAUCUCAAGUGAACAAGCUGGCCUUUACAUCUGUACCAUUGGACCUGUUGCUGGAGUAUACAACCUCACCUUAGCUUUACACUGCUCACCCCCAUGUAUGAAUGGAGGUGUCUGCCAGGGGGGUCGUUGUGAAUGCCCCGAGUCUCACACAGGGGAGACGUGCAGUCAGCCAGUACCAGGAUGUCACAGCAUGCAGGCCUGCUACAAUGGAGGAACCUGCCUUGAGCACAGGUGCUUCUGUAAACCUGAUUUCACUGGAGAACUUUGUCAGUUCACUGUGAGCAUUGAUGCCAACCUUCGAAUCGAGCUUGAUCCAGAUAAUGACUACACUGAAGGAGGGAAUGUGAGCUUCUUAUGUAUCACCAACGGACCAGAUGCUCCUCUCAAUCCAAGAUGGCGGAAAGGAGACUAUCAGUAUAUCCAGUCACCGGUGUUCGGAGAAGGAAACCACAUCUUCACUUCCCGGAAGUCAGCCUUCAUCACCCAACUGAAGAUCAUGAAUGUCAGUGUACAGGACAGCGCUAGGUACACCUGUAAUGCUGGGCCACUCCAACAGUCUAUCUCACUCACCAUCUACAACAACACCUAUCCAUGUAUCCCACGUUGCGUCAAUGGAGGGCGCUGUAUAGAAGGUAUCUGUCUAUGUCUGGAAGGAUACACCGGAGAAGCCUGUGACGAGCUGGUUCCUGAAUGUCAACCAAUGUGUGAAAAUGGUGGUGAAUGUAUCGAAGGUGAAUGUAGAUGUCCAAGAGGGUUCAACGGAUCAGCUUGCCAGUAUCAAGUUGUGGAGCCCAUCUCCAUCGCGAUUCACCCAGAGGAAGGUCAAGUCUUCUAUACCGGAGAGAACAUUGCCUUCCUUUGCCUCACCCAAGGAACGUUUGCCCCAGAGAACCCCCAGUGGAAGGAUCCCAGGGGUAGGGCAGUUGGCAUCAGACAGACCAGUGUUGAUCGUAUAUUCACAUUCGCUGUCAACUCCACUGCUACCAGACUUUACAUCAGGCCUCUCGCAGAGGGAGAUGCUGGAUACUUCACCUGCGCUACUGGCCCUCUGAACAGCACCGUGUUUAUCAGUAUUGAAGAACGACCUUGUCCUCUGAACUGUGCUAAUGGAGGAACCUGUAUGGAUGGCGUCUGCUCCUGUCCUGAAGGCUACCAAGGAUCAUUCUGCCAGAUUGGAAUUGGUUUCCAGUCUUCUAUUGUCAUCAUCCCAAGCAUUGAGAAGAGUCCUAUGGUUGGUGAGGACAUUGAGUUCUUGUGCAGGACCAGUGGAGCCAAUGCCCCAAGGUAUCCAUUCUGGAGGAACCCCACUGGCAAGGUCAUCUCAUCAAACCCUUCAAUUCGGGACCACCGAGUGUAUACCCAACGUCUGUCAGACUACGAGACCAAGUUGAUCAUCCAUAACUUUACCAACAAUGACAUGGGUAUCUACCGUUGCAACGGAGGCCCUCUGACAACCACCUUCACUAUAGUCCUGGCAGAGCGAUCAUGCGAUCCACCCUGUUCCAAUGGAGGAACAUGUAACAAUGGAGUCUGUGACUGUGCUGAUGGAUUCAUUGGUGGACACUGUGAACUUAGAGGAUGUUUCCCAGUAUGUAUAAAUGGAGGUAUCUGUCGGGAGGGGUUGUGUCGUUGCCAAGCAGGUUACGUUGGAGACCACUGCCAAGUCCUUCUACCAGUCAGCAUCAACAUUGUCCCAAGCCAGGAUUCGGAUCCACGCCUAGGGGGAACCAUCAGCUACCUUUGUUCGGUCAACGAUACCAACUUGGUAGAACCACCUGUCUGGAGGAACCUUCAGGGAGAGGACAUCGCAUAUGACCUGGGUCGUAUCCGUGUAGAGAGUCCUUCCCUUGGUGAAACGCGCCUCAUAAUAAGCAACCUACAGGAAACGGACACGGGCACCUACACUUGCAUAGCCGGCCCUAUAGAGGGCAGUGUCUAUGUUGCUGUCCAACCGCUCUCUGAAUGUCUUCCGGAGUGCAUCAAUGGUGGCCAGUGUGCUGGUGGUGUCUGUAUCUGUCAGCAGGGGUAUGAUGGGGCAUUCUGUGAAAUAGAAGAUACGUGCCAGCCUGGCUGCCUGAACGGAGGGACCUGUGACAGGGGGCUCUGCAUAUGCCCUGCCGGUAUCGGUGGUGUGUUCUGUCAGCUGAGACUGGAACGUCAGUGUCGUGUACCAUGCCAGAACAAUGCCCGUUGUAUGAAUGGAAUCUGCUUGUGUCAGCCAGGAUUUGAGGGAUUAGCCUGCCAGUUUAGAAAGCGUGAUUGCCCAGAGCUUUGUCAGCAUGGAGGAACUUGCAUCAAUGGAACAUGUUACUGCUUGGCUGGAUACCUUGGUGAAUUCUGCGAGAUCAGACCUGUUGAAUGUAUCCCUAGCUGUAUCAAUGGAGGAUUCUGCAAUAGCGGAGUGUGCAUCUGCCCUGAUGGAUAUACAGGACCAUCUUGUGAAGUUUCAGUUGGAUCCCAGCCCCAGAUCGUGGUUACCCCAUUCCAAGCCCAGGUCCUGGCCCUAGGAGAGGACACCACUAUAAUGUGUAAUGUGAGGAGCAGAGAUGUGGAUGAAUCGCCUUCAUGGUACACUCCCAAUGGGACUCUCAUUAAUACUCUGGCAAAUGGUGGUACAGGUCACAAGCAUGUCAGUGUGAUCGAUGAUCAGAACAUUGAGCUGGUCAUCAAUGACUUCCAAAUACAUGAUGUUGGAAACUAUUCUUGCACGGCUGGACCACUCUCCAGAACUAUCACCUUGAUGAUACUCCCUAUAACCUGUUCACACCCCUGCCUCAAUGGUGGUCACUGCCAGAAUGGAGUGUGUGUCUGUGCCGAAGAUUACUAUGGAGAAUUCUGUGAAUUAUCAAAUUUCACUGAUACAUACAUACCUUGUGAACCACAAUGUGAGAAUGGAGCAACAUGUGUGCAAGGGUUAUGUCUCUGCCCUCUUGGAUACAGAGGAGAUACAUGCUCUGAAGAGAUGUCAUGUGAUCCGAUGUGUGAGAACAACGCUGUCUGUGUUCUUGGUUACUGUCGAUGUCCAGUAGGAUUUACAGGAAGUACUUGCAACGAAGAUAUCAAUGAAUGUGAAAUCAACCCUACUAUCUGCAAACAUGAUUGCUUCAACACCAUUGGGAGUUUCUACUGUUCGUGUGCUCCUGGCUAUCGACUUACUGCAGACAGGAAAUGCGUAGACAUUGAUGAAUGUGAAGGUGAACACAACUGUGAGCAGCGAUGUCUGAACAUCAUUGGAUCAUACCUAUGUGCUUGCUACGAGGGAUCCAUCUUAGAGGCUGAUGGCAAUACUUGUGUGGGACCUUCAGGUUGUGUGUAUGAGAACCAUCUGUAUCCAUCGGGUACCACCUGGACAGUGGAUGGGUGUACCGAGUGCUCCUGUGAUCUGGGUGUCACCACCUGUACCGACUGUCCGACACCAAAAUUCCAGCAGUGCACAUACCAAGGUAUCGAAUACGACCAUUCCACCAACUGGACAUCACCGUUUGACCCCUGUGACCACUGCAACUGUACGGACGGUCAAGUGAAAUGUAUGAGAGAGAUCUGUGAUAUACAGUGUGAUUAUCCUGCUCCUCACCAAACAGAAUGCUGUCAUGAAUGCACAGAUUGUUUGUAUGAAGGCAAUGUGAUCAGGAAUCAUCUUUAUUUCUCUCCCAUGAGUCAACAAUGCACAACUUGUAUUUGCCAGGAUGGUAAUGUCCGAUGUAGUAAUGUUAGCUGCCCUGAGAUAGACUGCUCCAGACCUGUGCAGGGUGAAUGCUGUCUAACAUGUGAAGAUAAUUGUGAGUUCCAAGGUUCUGAGUACCAGGAUGGAGAGACGUUUACGGUAGAAUCCCUGGACUGCAGUGUCUGUAAAUGCAAGAAAGGUGUCGUUGAAUGCCGUCCAUUUGACUGCCCAGCUCUGAACUGCUCCCGUAACGAGAGAGUCCAGCUUCCCGGGGACUGCUGUCCCAAGUGUAUCAGUGCCGUACCUGGCUGUGUGGAUAAGUAUGGUCUUCUCCAUCAGUAUGAGACAACAUGGACUGAUCCCAGGGAUAACUGUCUCACCUGCACAUGUUUGAAUACUGGAGAAGUACAAUGUGCAAGGGAGCAGUGUGAGUUUAACUGUAACAACCCAGUCCAUGUUAGAGGCCAGUGCUGUCCAGAUUGCAACGGUUGCUACUACAAUGGUAUUGGUUUCUCAUAUGGUGCCACAUUCAAAUCUGCCUUUGACAAGUGUGAUUCUUGCAUCUGCCUUGGUGGGGAUGUCAUCUGUGAGCCAACCAGCUGUAACGUUCAGUGCAGCGCCCCCUACCAUCCACCUGGAGAAUGCUGCCCUCUAUGUGAAGACUGCUAUUUCUUGGGUCAGAUCAUCCCUGAUGGUGAAUACUUCAAUCCUGCCCUCGAUUCUUGCAAGACAUGUCACUGUGAUAAAGGAUCAGUUCAGUGUACCGAGAGAGAACAAUGUCCAAUGCUGAACUGUCCAGUGACAACCACAGUGGCUGGAGAAUGCUGCCCAUCUUGUGCUGAUGCCUUCUGUCGUGGUGAUGAUGGAAGUGAACAUAGAAGUGGUGACACAUGGAUCUCAUCUUCUGAUCCUUGUCAAGAGUGUACCUGCUUGGACACCAUCAUCAAUUGCGUCCCUGUCCCGUGCCUGGAAUCCUCUAGCUGUACCCAUGGUGUCCAGAUAGAAGGCGUGUGCUGUCCAGACUGCACAGUGUGCGAGUUUGAAGGAAAUCUCUACAGGAACGGCUCCAGUUUCACCCCCAGUGACGCCAACUGCAGGAGAUGCCAAUGUAUUAAUGGGAACGUAAUGUGCGAGGACGAGACCUGCCCUCCCAUAUACUGCAUGGAGACCGUCCAAGCGUUUGGACAAUGCUGCCCUCAAUGUGCCGUCUGCACCGCUCAGGAUGGAACCAUAUAUAGCCACGGUCAAACAUGGCAGGACGGGGAGGACCCAUGUACAACAUGCAGAUGUAUCAAUACAGAGAUAGAGUGCAACACACCCAUCUGUCCCAUCCGUAACUGUAUCGAUCCUCAGUUUGAUUUUGGAGAAUGCUGUGCAUCUUGUGAAGGCUGUACAUUCGAGAACACCACUUACACCAAUGGUCAGACCUUCAGUCCAGCCACACAGGAUUGCAUGGAAUGCGUCUGUCAGGACGAUCGUCUCAACUGCCAGCCCAUCACUUGCCCGAUCCCUGAUUGUCCAGCGGAGUCUGUUGUCUACAGAGAUGGGGCAUGUUGCCCCGAUUGUGUUGAUCCUGAGGUAUCAAGGAUGACCUGUCAGAUUGAUGAUGUCAUCUUAGAAAGUGGAUCCUCACAUCAACCGGAUGAAUGUUCAACAUGCCUGUGUAUGGCUGGUGAGUUACUUUGCGAAGCUCCAGAGUGUGUAGACAUCGGCUGCCCUCAGAUCAGGCAGGUACGGGCUCCUGGAUCCUGCUGUCCAGAAUGCAAACUAGAUGCCUGUGUGUUUGACGGAAGGCUGGUCCUCAAUAACGAGAUCUUCAUCCCAAUGGGUGAUAGCUGCACUAACUGUACCUGUACAGAUGGGGCUGUUACGUGUCGUUCUGUGUCCUUGUCCUGUCCGAGCCUUGACUGUCCUCCUGAAGAUCAGGUCAAGGAAGAAGGCGACUGCUGUAAACACUGUGCUGGUGCUCUUCAGUUAAACAACCUCCCGUGUACAUUCCAGGGUGAGACCAUUCCAGCAGGGGGGAGUUUUAUGAUAGGAUGUCAGGAGUGUAUCUGCGAGGGUGGAAAUCCCCGCUGUUCAAGACGUGAAUGCCCAGUUCUGAACUGCCUUGGGGGAGAGGAAAUACAGAUGGCACCCGAUGGAUGCUGUGAAGAAUGUGUGCCAAAGAUGGGAUCUUGUAUAGUGUUUGGAGAUCCUCAUUACAGGACGUUUGACAAGAGAUUCCAUGACUUCCAAGGAACCUGUACCUACACACUCAGCAAAGACUGCACCACUAACCAGUUUGAGAUCAUAGUACAGAACAACGGAAAGGAAACCUACGCUGUCUCCUGGACCGAGCUUGUGUCCUUCAAGGUCCAUAACGUGACCAUCGAUCUCUUACCAAACUUUGCCGUCAGACUGAAUAAAGAGGAAAUCACCCUGCCUUACCUCAAUGAACCAGAAUUCAGUAUACAAAAAAUAGGUCUUAUGAUAGUAGUUCAUACCAACAUUGGUAUAUCACUGUCGUGGGAUGGUGCCCAUUUCGCUGAGGUUGUAGCCGAUGGCAUCUGGGAAGGUCAGCUGUGUGGAUUGUGUGGUGAUUACAAUGGUAACCCUGAUGACGAUUUCAGAGCUUCGAAUGGUACGCUUUGUGGGACGGCAUCAGAAUUUGGGAACACAUUCUUAGUUGGUGAUUAUGCAGAAUGCUCGUGUCAAGAGAGUGUCGAGCAGACGCCUUGCCUAAGGAAUGACAACGCUGAUAUGGAAUUCAUGGCAAGGGACAGAUGCAGUAUACUCAAGGAAGAGCCAUUCGCUGCUGCCCACGCCGUAGUCCCACCCCUUCCUUUCUUUGAUGCCUGUAUGUACGACCUCUGUGCCUGUCCCGCCCACGAGAGAUGCCUUUGCGAUGUAUUAACAGCGUUUUCACAUGAAGCCAGAAAGAAAGGCAUAAUGAUAGAUUGGCAAAGAGACAACUAUUGUGCAAUUUCGUGUCCAGAAGGUGCCGUGUACAACGAGUGCACAUCGCCCUGCGUACAAACUUGUGAUACAGUCAACACGAUAGAAGAUUCUUUAGAAUGUAAUCAACUUGAAAAUUGCAUACCGGGAUGUAAGUGUCCAGCAGGAAUGGUACUACAUGAUUUCAGAUGUAUAAUGCCUGAAGACUGCCCUCUAUAGUUUGGAUAUGAACAUGAACAGACUGUAUGAGGGGAGACUUACUGAGCUCCCUCCGGUAUCCGAUGUGGAUUCAUUCUAAAUAAUUCUACGCCAGUUCAAGGACUUAUAUAUUUUUUCUGCAGAGGGACAAAACUUUAUGUUAUACAGACUCAGACUUUAAUAUUUUGAUAAGCUUUGAUACAUUAUUAUGUGUGCUUAUAGGAUACAUACAUGAUAUGCAAACUGUUUAAUUUGGUCGGGGUAGGGGGAUAAUUUUGUAUAUGAAUUUGACUCCUGAAGACCAGUUCAUGAAAAUAUUAAGCGAUGAA